AUGCCCUUUUUCAAAGAGCUGCGACGACGAUCAAAAGCAAGUUUCCGAACCUCCGACUCCUCAACAGAGUCCAAUGGCACCGUUCCGACCGCAAAAUCGUCCUCGACUCUCAACUCCACUCCUGGGAGCGCAACACCACCUUCGACAUAUCAUGCCAAUGGGUCCUCACACAACGUUUUGGACACGGUAAAGAGCAAUGGCGACACCCCACCACCGGUCCCUCAGCGGCCUCAUGUAAUGGUCCCAAGUUCCAAUAGGAACAGCAUGAUAACUCUGUCACCUUCUGGCUCCAAUGGGACAAGGAUCCCUCCACCGACCUCUGCAUAUGCGCCCAAAAUCACUUCGGUCUUGGAUAAUUCAGUGGUCUACCACAAAGUAUUGCUGGUCAACGGAGAAAUAGGGGAUCCAAAUCAGAAACCCUUGGAUGGCAAUCUGACCGUCCAUCACGACAAGGAAGGGCAGGCAUUCCCACCCACAAACUGGCCUGUGUCCGACUCGUACUUCAAAGCUCUCGUCUACCUCUCGCCCGGAUGGAACAGGAUUCGUUUUGACUUUACCUCCCCGACAUUGAGCCAGCACAGCGCUGGAUCCGCGCCAAUGAUGCACUCUUCCUAUAUUAUGCUGAACUACCUGCCGCUGAACAGCGCACUGCCUCUACAGCUUGUCAUCCUGGUUGGUAGUGAUUCUCCCUGUACAUAUGACGCAGUCCCUCAGAGGAAACAAAACGAGGGCAAUGACCUAUCCAUGGCCACCAGAAAAUUCCGCAUGGCUGCUCACCUGUGGCAGACAUUCACCGCAGAACAGAUGUACCGACACAAAUUUGGCCGCAGAUGUUUUAGAUUUGAGGAAGAGUGGCAGACCGGCACACUUUCGAUGCGGGAUUGGGAAAUGGGCAUCAUGAAGAAUGAGACCAGGGUUCAUGUUGUUCGGGCGGACAAGACCACUGCAGAAUUGCAGGAUCUACAAUAUGCGCAGCAACACUCGCCGGCAGCCAAAAAGGGGGAGCUUUACUCGAUCGCGGCGGACGCCGUGAAGAAAUAUUUCAACCUGAGGCCCGGUCAGAAGCAGCACGUGGCCUGCCUCCUUCUUGAUUCCCACUGGGACCCCGAAGUCGGAACAAUCAGGGCUCAUGCCGCCCUCGGUGGUAUCGGGGACGACUUGGGUCUGGCCAUUUUCGGCUCACAUGCUCUUCAGAGCUAUCCCUCUUGCAUUGAAGAAGUUGUGCCAUCCUUUAUGGAUUGCACACGAACGGACACCAAGUAUGUGGCGAAUGAUUGUAACGAGUCUGGCAGCAGUUGGGAAGCUGCCAAUAUCGGUAUUGGCGCCCACCUGCACGAAGUCGGUCAUCUUUUCGGCUGUCCACAUCAAGAAAACGGAGUUAUGCUCAGAGACUAUGUCCGACUAAACCGCACAUUCUUGGUCAAAGAACCCUACUCGACGAGAACAAAAUCCCAAGGUCUCAAAGUUUGUCGUCAAGAAGACGAGUGUGGCUGGCAUCGAUUAGACGUGCUGCGUUUCCGGUACCAUCCCUGCUUCAGACUCCCGAGCGAUGAACCUCUACCACAAGACGACAGCAUUCAGUAUUUUCCAGUCGGCAACGGGCGCGUAAUCUGUUCCGCCCCUUCAGGGAUUUCAUUUAUCGAGAUACGGACAGAAGGAGACGAUCUAUGCCGGCAAUGGAUCGACUAUACCAGUGCUGAUCCUCGGCACAGCGCGAUUCCGAGACAAAUCACCGUGGUAGAGGCCGACAUUCGCGCACGUCUACCAGAAGACAAGAAGAAGGCUAAAUUGUCUCUUACCAUCUUCUGUGCUAGUUCCCGGAGUGAAAAGAUCGAGGAUUUGGAGGACCUUUUGUCAAAGAAAUAUGUAGUGAACCUACCCCAUUCCUUUGAAUCACGACUCGGAUUUCGAAGCAAGAAGCUCGGGCAUUCCCAGCUGGACGGCUCGCAGCCACAAGAGCUGAUCCUAGAAAGCAUUCAUCUGCAGACGAAGCUUCUAACAUCAGUCAGAGUUUAUCAUGGUUUUGCCCUAGAUGGCAUUGAAUUUUGCUACGAAGACGGCCACAGUCAACUGUUUGGCAAGAGGGGUGGCAAACCCGGCGGCGACGAAUUCUUCCUCGACACGCGUCGUGGUGAAACCAUCCUCGGCUUCUAUUUGCGUGCUGGUCUUUGGGUCGAUGGUAUUGAGAUUCUAACCAGUACUGGCCGAAGAUCCGGUGUCUUUGGAAAUGCGACUGGAGGCUCUGGGCAUACCUUGAUGGCGCCCCGAGGGUACAGUCUUGCCGGGAUUUCGGGAAGCUGUGGGGCCUGGGUAGACGGUUUCCAGAUUAUCAUUACACGCUGA